AUGAUGUCAAUGAAUAGCAAACAGCCACACUUCGCCAUGCAUCCGAGCUUACCUGAGCACAAAUACACCACUCUGCAUUCCAGCUCGGAAGCAAUAAGGAGAGCCUGUCUGCAAGCGCCACAGCUGCAGAGUAACAUAUUCGCCAGCCUGGAUGAGACCCUCCUGGCCCGCGCCGAAGCUCUGGCUGCCGUGGACAUCGCCGUGUCCCAGGGCAAGACGCACCCUUUCAAACCGGACGCCACCUACCACACCAUGAACAGCGUGCCAUGCUCUUCCAACACCACGGUGCCACUGGCCCACCACCACCACCAUCACCACCACCAUCACCACCCCAACAUGGAACCCCCGGACCUCAUGGACCACAUGAACUCCCCGUCCUUAGCUCUCAUGUCCAGCCACGACGGCUCCGGGGGCGGGGGUGGAGGAGGUGGUGGCGGGCUGAUCUCCACCUCUGCUCACCCUCACUCACACAUGCAUGGCUUGAGCCACCUCUCGCACCAGGCCGCUAUGAACAUGAAUUCCCCUCUCACCCACCACGGUCUUUUACCUGGACACCAUGGAGGGGGCCAGGGCGGGCCAGGACUCAAUAACAACGGCCUUUCCUCUAUCAAUGACUCGGACACUGAUCCCAGGGAACUAGAGGCAUUCGCGGAGCGCUUCAAGCAGAGGCGGAUCAAGCUGGGGGUGACCCAGGCGGACGUUGGCAAUGCGCUGGUUAACCUGAAGAUACCCGGCGUGGGAUCGCUAAGCCAAAGCACCAUUUGUCGGUUCGAAUCGUUGACUCUGUCCCAUAACAACAUGAUAGCGCUUAAACCCAUCCUUCAGGCGUGGCUCGAGGAGGCCGAGGGUGCGCAGAGAGAGAAACUCAACAAACCUGACAUUUAUAGCGGAGGGGAAAAGAAACGGAAGAGAACGUCAAUAGCGGCACCAGAAAAGAGAUCUUUGGAGGCUUACUUCGCCGUACAACCUCGCCCGUCGUCCGAGAAGAUAGCAGCUAUCGCUGAAAAGUUGGACCUGAAAAAGAACGUGGUUCGAGUAUGGUUUUGCAACCAAAGACAAAAACAGAAACGGUUAAAAUUCUCCGCUUGCCACUGACUAUAGGCUAUUGAUGCGUUAAAAAAAACAAGAAAAAUGUUGAGACUGAAUUUGGGGACCAAGGUCUUCUUUUGUCGCCGACGGGUUUACAACUUGGGUGCAAAAAAACAAUGACCAUUAGAUACUACGCACAUUUUAUGAAGCUUCAUAUAUCGGUUUUAGUUUAUUUUCACGUUAUUGGUGAAUGUGAAGUAUGCAAAUAUCCGAAAAUCCUCCAGCGGAAACUCGCGCAGUGGUUCUGAGAGGAAACUAUCAACUUUGCCUUUUUAAAAACAUUGUGGGAAAAAAAAGUUAAUUUGCUUUAGCGAGUUAUUUGAUUUGAAAUAUUAUAUAGCCAUUUACGAAUUACCUCAUUGUUGAACUCUUUGGUUUGGUUAAUUUAUAAUAAGCGUAUAUACAAUUAUUUAUUUACCUAUUUCUGUAUUUAUUUGUGAUAACAUUUUGGGGGCUGCUGUGAACUCUGUUUAAAAUAAUGUAGCAAACUGAAUUAAAACAAGAAACCCAAUAGUGCUUUGCCUGAAUGAUAUGAUCGUCCUUUCGCUUCUGAAUGUGACAGUCAAAGCUAUUAAAUUAUCACAUUUAUUUAAAAUUUGCACUAACAUUUAGGCAGUCAUUUGUUUUGUUUAUAUCGGUUAU